AUGGCGGACACGCUCAACAUCGUGCUCCGCAACGAGACGCCCGCGGCGCAGCUCUACGCGCACAUCACCGGCUCCGACGACAAGGGCAUCGUCAUCAUGAGCGCCGACGGCAAGACGCCCUACCGCCCUACCUCGCCGAGCGACACGCUCCAACCCCUCGGCGCGGACUGCGCCAUCCCGCUCGGCGGCACGGGCGGCUCGCGCACCGUGGCCAUCCCGCGCAUCUCGGGCGGCCGCAUCUGGUUCUGCAAGGACAAGCCGCUCAGCUUCUUCGUCAACCCGGGCCCCGCGCUCGUCGAGCCCUCGGCGACGAACCCCGCCGACGCAAACUACGGCCUCGACUGGGGGUUCGCCGAGUUCACGUGGAACGCGCAGGAGCUGUACGCCAACGUGUCGUUUGUGGACUUUGUGGGCCUGCCCGUCUCGCUGCAGCUCAAGACGGGGGACGGGCAGGUCAAGACCGUGCCGGGGAUGCCGGCCGAUGGGCUGGAGCAGGUGUGCGGGAAGCUCGAGGCGCAGGGCCAGGCCGACGGCAAGGGCUGGGAGAAGCUGGUGGUUCGCGACGCGGGCGGCGCGCCGCUGCGUGCGCUCUCGCCCAACGCGGGCGCCGUGCUCGUCCCGGGCCUGUUCGACGGCUACUACCAGUCCUACGUGGACGCCGUGUGGGACAAGUACACCAAGGAGGACCUCACGGUCAACACGCAAUUCAAAUGGGGCGACGUGACGGGCCGGACCUCGCCCGACGGCAAGCUCCUCACCUUUGCCUCCAGCGACGGCAGCUCCAGCAUAACCUUCGGGAAGCCCUCCGCGGCAGACAUCUUCACCUGCAGCACGGGGCCGUUCGCGCACGGGGCCGGCGUGUCGGAGGAGCAGCUCAACGUCGGGGCGCGCCUCGCCGCGGCGCUGAACCGCUCCACGCUGCUGGCCAACGCGCGGCAGCCCGAGGGCGAGAAGGUGGAAGGCUACUACAAGGAGGCGACGACGAACCACUACGCGCGCGUGUGCCACGAGACGAGCGUCCAGGGGAGGGGGUAUGCGUUUCCGUACGACGACGUUGGCGCGAGCGGCGGGACGGACCAGAGCGGGUUUGUCAACGAUCCGAAUCCGAAGGAGUUGACUGUCUGCGUGGGGAAGCCGCUGUGA